CCAGCUUCCUGAAUCCAACUCGCUGGGCCUCAUUGCCUCCUCCCGCACGUGGCGUUGCCGCUAGUACCUCCUGCUCGCCCAGACGCCGACCCUGUGUCUGCAGCAAUGGGGCCCAGCCAGCUCGCCCUGUUUAGUGUCUCUGACAAAACCGGCCUUGUGGAAUUCGCCAGAAGCCUAGCGUCUCUUGGCUUGAACCUGGUCGCUUCUGGGGGGACUGCAAAAGCUCUCAGGGAUGCUGAUCUGGCAGUCAGAGAUGUGUCUGAGUUGACAGGAUUUCCUGAAAUGUUGGGGGGCCGUGUGAAAACCUUGCAUCCUGCAGUCCAUGCUGGAAUUCUGGCUCGUAAUAUCCCAGAAGAUAGUGCUGACAUGACCAGACUUGAUUUCAGUCUUAUAAGAGUGGUGGUCUGUAAUCUGUACCCCUUUGUGAAGACAGUGGCUUCUCCAGAUGUAACUGUGGAGGAGGCUGUUGAGCAGAUUGACAUUGGUGGAGUAACUUUGCUGAGAGCCGCAGCCAAAAACCAUGCUCGAGUGACAGUAGUGUGUGAACCAGAGGACUAUGUGGCAGUGUCUACAGAGAUGCAGAGCUCUGAUAACAAAGACACUUCCUUGGAGACUAGACGCCAGUUAGCCUUGAAGGCAUUCACACAUACAGCGCAGUACGACGAAGCAAUUUCAGACUACUUCAGGAAACAGUACAGUAAAGGGAUUUCACAGAUGCCCUUGAGGUAUGGAAUGAACCCUCAUCAAACUCCUGCCCAGCUGUAUACAGUCAGGCCCAAGCUUCCCAUCACAGUUCUAAAUGGUUCCCCUGGAUUUAUAAACUUGUGUGAUGCCCUAAAUGCCUGGCAAUUGGUGAAAGAACUCAAGGAAGCUUUAGACAUUCCAGCCGCUGCCUCUUUUAAACAUGUCAGCCCAGCAGGUGCUGCCGUUGGAAUUCCACUUAGUGAAGAUGAAGCCAAAGUCUGCAUGGUCUAUGACCUCUAUCAAACUCUUACACCCAUAUCUACUGCGUAUGCAAGAGCAAGAGGAGCUGAUAGGAUGUCUUCUUUUGGAGAUUUUAUCGCAUUAUCUGAUGUUUGUGAUGUCCCGACUGCAAAAAUUAUCUCCAGAGAAGUAUCCGAUGGUAUUGUUGCUCCAGGAUAUGAAGAAGAAGCCCUGAAAAUACUUUCUAAAAAGAAAAAUGGAAGCUACUGUGUUCUUCAGAUGGACCCAUCUUACAAACCAGAUGAAAAUGAAGUCCGAACUCUCUUUGGUCUUCGUUUAAGCCAGAAAAGGAAUAAUGGCGUCAUCGACAAAUCACUAUUUAGCAAUAUUGUUACCAAGAAUAAAGAUCUGCCGGAGGCCGCCCUCAGAGACCUCAUUGUAGCUACCAUCGCUGUCAAAUAUACACAGUCGAACUCUGUGUGCUAUGCCAAGAACGGGCAGGUCAUUGGCAUUGGAGCAGGACAGCAGUCCCGGAUACACUGUACACGCCUUGCAGGGGAUAAGGCCAACUGUUGGUGGCUUAGACACCAUCCACAGGUGCUUUCCAUGAAGUUUAAAACGGGAGUGAAGAGAGCAGAAAUCUCCAAUGCCAUCGAUCAGUAUGUGACUGGAACCAUUGGUGAGGAUGAAGAUUUGGUGAAGUGGAAGGCAUUGUUUGAGGAAGUCCCUGAAUUGUUGACUGAGGCAGAGAAGAAGGACUGGAUUGACAGACUCUGCGAGGUUUCUGUGAGCUCUGAUGCGUUCUUCCCGUUCAGGGAUAACGUAGACAGAGCUAAGAGGAGUGGUGUGGCAUACAUUGCUGCUCCUUCCGGUUCUGCGGCGGACAAAGUAGUGAUUGAGGCUUGCGAUGAGCUGGGAAUAACCCUCGCCCAUACGAAUCUUCGACUUUUCCACCACUGACUUUAUGUUUAUUCUUUGAAAUAUUUAACCACAUCUCAGCUGAAACAUUAUUUUAUGGUUUGCUUAUUUGUAGGUGAAUAAUCACGUGUGAAAUUUUGAAACAAAAAAUCCUUUUUAAAAAAUAAAAAUUAUCUCUAAA